UCGGUCGCCUCCAGAGGCGCCGUAAUCGCCGCCCAGAGGGAAGGAGGUCGGCAGUGCGAAGAGCUGCUAUGGUGCUGAGUUUCCUGGUAGAGCCGGCCGAGCCGAGGCGGUCGCGGCCAUGAAGGUGGGGGAGUGGUGCUAAGGAUCAAGUAUACUGUUAAAAAAAGAAAACAAAAAUCCAAGCAUGAGGAAGGCGGGUGCCACGUCUAUGUGGGCUUCGUGCUGUGGGCUGCUGAAUGAAGUCAUGGGAACUGGAGCUGUCAGGGGCCAGCAGUCAGGAUUUGCAGGAGCCACUGGUCCAUUCAGAUUUACACCAAACCCUGAUUUUUCCACCUACCCACCAGCAGCUACAGAAGGGCCCAACAUAGUUUGUAAAGCCUGUGGACUUUCAUUUUCAGUCUUUAGAAAGAAGCAUGUUUGCUGUGACUGCAAGAAGGAUUUUUGCUCCGUUUGUUCAGUCUUACAAGAAAAUCUCCGUAGAUGUUCUACUUGUCACUUAUUACAAGAGACAGCAUUUCAGCGCCCUCAGUUAAUGCGACUGAAGGUGAAGGACCUGCGGCAGUAUCUCAUUCUGAGAAAUAUACCCAUAGAUACUUGUCGUGAGAAGGAAGACUUGGUGGAUCUAGUGUUGUGCCAUCAUGGACUAGGCUCUGAGGACGACAUGGACACAAGCAGUCUGAAUUCUUCAAGGUCCCAGACUUCUAGCUUUUUUACACGUUCGUUUUUUUCAAACUAUACAGCCCCCUCUGCUACUAUGUCUUCAUUUCAGGGAGAGCUUAUGGAUGGAGACCAGACAUCCAGAUCUGGAGUGCCGGCACAGGUACAAAGUGAAAUCACUUCAGCAAACACGGAAGAUGAUGAUGACGACGAUGAUGAGGACGACGAGGAUGAUGAUGAUGAUGAAGAAAAUGUGGAGGAUCGGAACCCCGGGCUCUCCAAGGAGAGAGCGAGAGCUUCGCUGUCUGACUUGUCAAGCCUUGAUGAUGUGGAAGGGAUGAGCGUGCGCCAGCUGAAGGAAAUUCUGGCUCGGAAUUUUGUCAACUAUUCUGGCUGUUGUGAAAAAUGGGAACUGGUAGAGAAAGUAAACCGGUUAUACAAAGAGAAUGAAGAAAACCAAAAGUCCUAUGGUGAGCGGCUGCAGCUGCAGGAUGAGGAAGACGACAGCCUGUGUCGCAUCUGCAUGGAUGCUGUCAUCGACUGUGUCCUGCUGGAGUGCGGGCACAUGGUUACCUGCACCAAGUGUGGCAAGCGCAUGAGUGAGUGUCCCAUCUGCCGGCAGUAUGUGGUGCGAGCCGUGCACGUGUUCAAGUCCUGAAACUGAGGCUCCCCUCGCCAGGACAGUCACCCCCAAACUUGACCCCAAACAUUUCAAUGCACAGAAGGGACUGGAAAGCCACUGUUCAAAGGCUGAAGCUAUUUUUAAACAUUAUUUUCACUAAUAAGUGGGGACAGGAAGAUCCAUCCUGAGCUGUGGAAACAUUGGUCCAUGCCGUGAGCCUGUCUGCCUGUGGACACGUGAGCUUCCCGGGCUCAGCUGGGCUUUAUCACACAUCCCGUGAACACUCAUUGAAGUCAGCCUGUUUGCGCCAUGUGGGCAUCAGCCACUGCUGUCUUGGGAGGACACUUAUCCUGUUCUCUUAUUUCUCCUUCAUCCUAUUUUUAACUUAAACUGCUCAGAUGUUUGAAACUUCUGUCCUCUUUGGAUGAGAUCAGUGUCCACAAGUGGCCGACACAGAACAUGCCGAACAGUGGCUUCUCUGAAUGUUCACUUUAUUAGUCAUGUAUAUUUUAAAUGCUAACAUUUGAUGAAUGUAAGGUUUCCACAUUGUUGCUGUUUCUGCAUUUAAACAUAAUUGGGAACAACUGACAUUCUCUAGUCGACUGCCAGGGCCUUAGACUCCCCAUGUCCAUUUUUGUUCAGGUAUAGCUUUUUAUAGCAAGGGCUGCAUCUAGCUUCUUUUAUUAGAAGUGUGUGCUAAAUUCCUUAUCAAUGUGUAAUCGGUUUACACUGUUUUGUAUAGUGAAGGUGUAUUUUCAGUGCUACCCGCUAGCUGAUUUUAACUUUAGGAAUAAAAUUAGUUUUAAAAGCUUUU